CGUAUCGAAAUCGUUCUUCGCUAAACAUUCGUAGUUUGCGCCCAGCGCAGAUUGUUGUGUCGCUUAGAUUACUUUUCAUAGGCGUUUCAGUUAGUGUUUAUAUUUAUCGGCUAUUUUUCAACUUAUGUUUAUAUUAAACCAUAUUCAUAUAAUAAAAAAUGGCAGUGAAAAUCAAAGACUGUCCUAUUUGUGAAAUAUAGAAUUGAAGUGUAGAGUGCAACAGGCUAUCAAAGACCCUUGUAAACAGAAAUUAAUCAAGUGUUUUCAAGAUGCCUAUGGAUUCUGAAUGCGAAUGUGCUCUGGUCUCGAAAGAAUGGUUGUUAACAAAGUUAAGAUCAGACGAAAGGGACACAGUUUUGAUUGAUUGUCGAGGGUCUAACGAGUAUGCUGUAUCCCACAUACGUUCUGCAGUUAACUUUUCGAUACCCAGUAUUAUGCUAAGGAGACUAGCGGCGGGUAAAAUAGAACUGGCGUCAACAGUCCAGUGUAAAGAGUUAAAGGCUCGUAUCACGCACUGCUGUUCGAGGGGAACCUUUGUCCUGUACAGCGAUGGUGCUCCGCGGGACCCAGACUCCGUGCAUGGUAUCCUGCUCAAACGACUCAAACAAGAUGGCGUGCAGGUCGUGUGCCUCGAAGGUGAUUUCGCGGAGUUUCGUCGGGCCUACCCGGAAUGGUGCAGCGAAGCGGGGGCUCAGCACUUACCUCACUUACCGCUCAUGGGCUUACGGUCGCUCCGCAUCUCUGGCUCGGGCAGCGACGACGCACUUUCCUCUGGCUCUUCGUCGGAGUGCGAGGACACGCACACGCACGUGCAGCAGGACUUCCCCAUCGAGAUCCUGCCCAAUCUGUUCCUUGGCAACUCGACGAACAGCGAAGACUGUGAGGCUCUAGCCAGGCAUAAUAUAAAGUACGUGCUAAACGUGACGCCAGAUCUUCCCAACACGUUUGAGGCGGAGGGCUGCGGGAUCAACUACCUGAAGAUACCGAUCGCGGACCACUGGAGUCAGAACCUGGCUGUACACUUUCCGCAGGCGAUACGGUUUAUUGAGGAAGCGAUGUCAGCGCAUUGCGGCGUGCUAGUACACUGCGUGGCGGGCGUGUCCCGCUCCGUGACCGUCACACUCGCGUAUCUGAUGCAACGACAUCGUCUCUCGUUACGCGACGCGUUCGAGCUGGUCCGUUCCCGCAAGACGGACAUCGCGCCCAACUUCCACUUCAUGCGGCAGCUGCACUCGUUCGAGCGGGACCUCGGCCUACACGAGCGCAGCGCCCCACUGAGUAAGGUGCUGGAGGGUCUGGGCGUGCGUGAGUCGGGCGCAGCGGCCGCGUGCGGGUGCGCGCCGGGGGGCGUGUCGCCCGACUCCGGCAUCGAGUUCGACCGCUGGAGCGCCGCAAGGGACACGCCGCAAUGACACUUCGGCUGCGACCUGCUGCAAGACCAACAGCAACAGCAACAGCAGUGACAGAAGUGCGCUUGUAGAUUAGUAGACUUUUCGCUGACACGCUACCCUAGAAACAAGAAAAGCUCCUCUCCCCCACUCUAAUUACUAUGUAGUGACCUCACAACUUGAAGAAUUACAAC